AUGAAGGCCAAGGUAGACUCCCCAGACCUUCAGCGCUGUUUCUUCCAGCUCAGUGGUUUAGGAAUGGACCCUGUCAUACUGCUGGGGGGAUUCUCUGCCUUCUAUACCCUCUACCCUUUCCUCUGCACACCCCAUAUGGUCCUGCUUGAACCUGAGCGCCACACUCUAACCAUCUACCCCUCGGAGAUCCUGGAAGGAGCCCUCUACCAGGGAUCUGCCUCCCAGGCCUCUGACUACCGCAUCAUCAAGAAUCUACAAAUAACUCAUGUGGUCAAUGCAACUGCAAACAGCCCAGAUGCUUUCCCCAACAUUUUAAGCUACCUGAGGCUGCGUCUGAGUGAUGACGCACAGCAGGACCUGGUGAAGGCACUACCACUUGCGUCCAGCUUCAUAAACAAAGCGCUUAAAGCUGAGCCUGCAGGUCGUGUUUUGGUCCACUGUAGUAUGGGCAGGAGUCGCAGCUCGGCAUUAACACUUGCCUUCCUCAUGGAGCAUCGAUGCUGGUCAUUGCUUCAUGCCCUGCGCUGGUUGAAGGAGAGGAGGGCAUGCACAGCACCCAACAUUAACUUCCUGCAACAGCUGCUGACCUACGAGGAGCUGCUGUUUGGGCGCAGACUCACCUCAUUGGAUGAAAUCCGACGAUGACUUUAAUUUUAAUGCGGUUCACAGUGAGAGAAAAUGAAAAAAAUAUUGUUUUUUACAGUUACAAAUGUGGAAAGUAAACUAAGACUGUACAGUUUGAUUUUUUUUGAACACUCAAAGUUUGGAUUUCCCA